GGUGUACGCUGUCCCUUAAACGAGAUGGAGUUAUUUCCAGGGCGUAACACAGUCGUGUGUUUGGUUAACAGUUCGGCUGAGAACAAGCAGGUUGGGAGCAUCGUUGUAGUGGUGUGGCAGAUGGAGGAGAGGGCAGAUCCCAGGAUGUCAGUCGGACGUCUGCCGGACAUCAUUAACGGGCGGACAGUGCUGCCUGUAGACGAGAGCCUGGCAGAGUCCAUGGGAGCCCGGAUCAAGUACGCCUCGUUGUGUAAAGACACCCUGCUACGCUCAGGUUAGCACAUGAUGAGUCUGUUAGCUUUUGUUAAGGAUUCAGAUCAGAUCGAAUUG